AUGAACUACCACAGUGACCUUCAUUCCGGCGGAAUGAUUGACGGUGUGCGGAACAAGAUGGCAGGCGGAGCGGCUCUGAAUGUUUCUGUGAUUCAGACAUAUGAUCAGUUUUGUACAGAAAUACUUGAUAAGUCUUCAAGUGCACAUGUUUAUUUCUUUCAAAAUGAAAGUAAUUCCUGGGUUAAAUCGAAAAUCGGUGGUGUAUUUUUCCUGUACAAAAGAUCUAAAGUUCCAUUUUACUCGUUCAUGAUUUUGAACCGAAAGAGCCCAGAUAUGAACCAAAUCGAAUUUGUUACCUCAUCCUUGCAAAUACAGUUGCACGCCCCAUUUUUGUUAUACAAAACUGCCAAGGGCGGUAUCUACUCUAUUUGGUUCUUCUCCCGUGAUGACUGCGUGCGCAUAGCUGAACGUAUCGGGAAGCUGGCUUUUGAUCUCGGUGGCGCAAGUUUGCGCGCGCCUCCUAACACUGACAAAGCUCAUGAAUCUAACGUUUCAAAAACCUCUCCGUCAGACACGUAUCACGGUGGUGCACUUACUACUCAUGGCUUGACUGAGUUGCUAAAUAUGAUUCGCCGUUCUGGGGACACUGCCGUCGAUCGGGAUUCACAGACUCCUAUGACUCCAUCCAAUCGAACAUCGGGUCAGCCAAACAGGAGGUCAUAUGACGACCAUUCACCAGGACUGGGGAUCUCUCAUACAUCAGAACACAACCAGGCACCAAAUCUGUUUGAUAUGCUGCAUAAAGCUGAGAUGGACUUCAAUUCCGAGAGUUUGCAAAAAACGGACAACAAAACCGAGAACGAUAUAAACAAAGAACUUCAACGGUUACGCACAGCAUGCAACAUCAUCUCUCCUCAUUCGAAAUCCACUACCGUAACCCAAAAGACGAAGACGCCCGUCCCUGUACUGCCAAAACUGGUCCCUUCUGAAGAUUCUUUCUUCCAAUCUGGAGACCACAUUUCGGUGGCUGAAUUAGAACAACAGCUCCUUCGAGAACAUUCCUGUAUCCCUGGCUACUUUGCUAGGGAUGAUGCUACAGACGGAAGUUCGAACGAUGACCAGUGCGCCCAGGCGAAACCGGAUGUAUUUCAGACUUCCAAGACUUCAUUGACCGGUGUACCUAUUCGGUCUUCUGUCGGCAAUACGAGUAACCCUUCUCGGCUGUUGAGUGACCUGGAUGCAGGAUAUGCAGAUGAUAUUGACGAGACGUGCGAAGAUGAUUCACGUCGUGGGCGCGUAGGUAUUCAUCGCAAACAGCGUCGUCACAUCCGUCAACGUGAAACUGUCCGAACAUCAGGCGAUCGCAUAUCUUCUGAAGAAUGGGGCCAAAAUGCAGAUCAAAGUUGCACCUUGAAUGUCUACAGUCGUGAAGAGGCUAAGGAUGGUGUGGUUCAAGAAGAAACCCUGGUUACCCCAGCAAUGCUCUGCAGUCCUCCUUCAGCAUUCGUAACCUACCAAAAGACACAAACUACCCCAACAUUUGCUUCUACGGGACUUUCUCAAACUACAGUGUUAUUAGAGUCGAAGAAUUCGCGUACCACAGGGAACGAGGGUUUAACCAAAGAACAACUACGGGAGGCGUUGAUUUACAUGCUCCAAAAUGACGACAGCUUUCUACAUCAACUGCAUUCGGCAUACAUGAUGUCCCUUCAACGCCGGCUUUCUAACUCAUGACGGACCUAUGGUUACUCCAACUGCAUACCUCGCUGCUUUUCUACCCUCUGCCAGGACAACCAUAGUGUUUUCUUUUUCUUCUUUCAUAUUCUUGUUGAGUCCCCCCUGGGGACCCUUGCCUUUCAUACUUUGGUAACCAUUUGAUCUUUCUCAUGUCAUCCAUCCUUUCCCAGUCGCAGUCAGAUCCGUCCACAGCAUUUCCUUCCAUUGCCCAAUCCAUAUUCCCCUCUUGAGCUCCAUCGUUCCGGUCAGUUUUGAAAAAUGUUUUCGUAGAUAACUACCUGCUUUUAUGGGUACUUUUUCUAUAGCUCGCUAAAUUCUCGAUUAGGUGGUCAGUUAGUGGACGUAUCCCUGUUGCACCUGUC